UUGGAAAUAACAGACAUUUUUUCCCCUUUAUCGGAUAUCUAAAUCGAUUACUGGCAUCCGUAUUGUUAAGCAUUUGAUUUCUGUAUGAUUAUUUCAUGUUUUGUGAAUCAAAUAAUUGCUUAGAGCAAGCAACAAGAAUCGAUGUAAGUUCGCCGACAUUAAAAAAAGAUAAAUAACCUCACGUCAAAAUCACGUUGGUUGACUCAUAAUAUCGUGUGCAGGCCGCAUGCAUCGUUGCGUUCUCGUAGAGAAAAGAGUCCACUAAAAUAUACCUUUAUUUCUACAAGUGUAAAAUCGUACCGUCGUAGCAAGAGGGGAAACAGCUGCUCAUCAAACCUAAAGGACUUUCCCUCGUAGCAGCGUAUAUUUGCUCACUUUUCCCAUCUCACAAUGCAGGAUCCUAACGAAGAUACCGAGUGGAAUGAUAUCUUGCGAGCAAAGGGCAUCAUACCGCAGAAGCCCAAGGAGAAAGAAAUCACCGAAGAUGAAAUCAUUGGCAUGAUCGAAAGCACCAUCGCGGAGAAGCAGAAUGGAAAAGACUUGUCGAAGCUCGAUCUCGAUGAGCUAGAUGAGUUGGAGGACUCGGAGGACGAGGCGGUACUGCAGCAGUAUCGGCAGAAACGCAUCGCGGAAAUGCAAGCGGCCGCCAGCAGGGCACGAUUCGGCACGGUGCGGGAAAUUUCGGGCCAGGACUACGUUGAGGAAGUGACGAAGGCGGGAGAAGGCAUCUACGUUGUGCUGCACCUGUACAGCCGUGGUAUCCCGUUCUGUGCGCUCAUUAACCAACAUUUGACACAGCUGGCCGCGGCUUUUCCGAUGACGAAGUUUGUACGUGCAAUCGCCACCACGUGCAUUGCCAACUAUCCGGAACGAAAUGUGCCGACCAUCUUCGUGUACUACGAGGGCCAGCUGAAGAAACAGUUCAUUGGGGCCGUCGAGCUUGGUGGACCUAAUCUAACGUGCGACGAGCUGGAGUAUAUGCUCGGACAGGCCAAAGCAAUUGAGAGUAAUAUCAAGGAGGACCCACGGGAGUCGAAAAAGAUCAAAGACAAACUGUUUGCGGAACUAUCGAACAACAAUGAUUGGUAGGAGGAGACCACGCGUCUUGUAAGAUGUCGGCAUUUUUCUACAAAAUUUAAUAAAAACGUCUGCUAUUUAUUGAA